AUUCAUAUUGCAAUUGUUUUAUUAUUUAGAGUAAAAUUUAAAAAAAAGUUAUUAUCUAAUUUAAUAUAAAUAAACGGGGUUGAAAUAUAUUAUAUUACAAUUAAUUUAUCGAAUUUGUUCGUAUCCACGUUCACAUCGAUCGUUUCCUUCAUUCUCACAACAUGAGGUUGGAAAAGUAAAGAGGAAUAAAUUAACGAGUACAAGCACAGGUCGAGAGCUCGUCGCGACUAUGGCGGGCACGGCGGGACAUAGCAAAUUCAAACAGUUUUGCACGUGUCGCAACCAGGUAUACGCGCAUAGCAAGAAAAAGACGAAGGAUCGUUGCAAAAAAAAGAGACAGAUCUUUGUGUACAAUCCGGAAGAGGAAAUUUGGCACGAGCCCUACAUGCAGACUCUCCGCCACGAGUUCUCGGACAAGUCCGUGAUAUGCGACUCUAUGGUUGAGCUACCCUGGAAAGACAUCGCUCUGUCAACGGCGAUGAAAAUUCGACCUGACACGACCUUGUCGGCUGCUGAGAUCGAAGAGGAAAUGGAUGAGGCUGAAACGAAGACCAUCAGCAGCGAGAAGCAAAAGUUCGCUAUGACGUUGCCGUGGCGAGAUUUGCUCAUCACAGAGAUCGUGGGCAGCACGUUAGACGACCCAGAAACCUGCGACUCCUCGGUGGAAAUACCAUGGACCGACCUGACCCUGGAGAAGCCGAUAGAGAUACGUCCGUCGAGGGAGGAGCAGACCUGUGCGUCCGAUGACGUCGAGAUCCCCUGGAACGAGAUCCUGGUACCGCGCAACAUCGUCAUUAAGCCCGAGAGAAAGCGGAAACAUCCCUCAUCCAAUCGACCGCCGCGCCCGCGUGUCGACGCGACGUGCAUCACCUGCGUCACACCUACCUGUUACCCCAUACCUUACAUGAAAACCUUGUCGAAAACCCACGCGAAAACCAAUAUCGCGAAUCCGAAAAAUCCAAGUUCCAAUUGGAUCCUUGCCUGCAUGUAAAGUCGCGUGCAAACAUUUAUUUGCUGUAAUUUGAUUAAAUUUAAAUUUAAUCUCGAAAAGUUUUAACCCGAAAAAGUUACGCAUCAUUUCAUGCAUCACUCAAUGUUCAUGUCAUCUUUUUAGAACAAUUUUUUUACCGCAAAUAGCAAUUUACAUAGAACAUUUAAAAACGAGGAGCGAUAUUAAUUGAAAUUACGCUAAUAGAUGACCAUGUGAGAUUACAUAUUGUAGAAAUUAUUAACAAAAAGUCUGAUUUGCAUUUUUAAACCUUGGUCCGUUUAUUCUGCUCGCCGGAUCUUGCGUUACUAGAUUAUUAUCUUUUUUGAGAUCCUUCUGGCAUUAACGUAAUAGAGAAAAGUAAGGACCUUGAGAGUAGUUCGAAAGUGUUUUUUAAAUAAAUGAUUUAAUCCCGCUGUUCUGUUCGGAUCUAUUUGAUUCAAAAUGUAUUUUAUUGUACAACGGUACAACUUCUUUAAAAACUUUUUUCUAUGUCAUUUGAUUAUUUCAUCUAUUAAUGUAGAUUUUCGUAGAUUACUUCUACGAAAAUUUAUUAUCUUUUAUUUUCUUUUUUAGAGCUUUUUGAUCUUAUCCGGAAAAAAUUUUUUCAUAUAUAAUCAAAAGUAUAAUUAUACAUCAAAUAUAUCUAUAUGUAUAUAAAUAAUACUUAUUUAUAAUAAUAUUUAUAAUUAUAUAUGAAUUAUAUGUAUAUAUAAUUAUACACAAUUUAUAUAAUUGCGUAUGUAAUUAUAUAUUUAUUCAACACGUGAACAUAUGAAUAAAUGUAUACUUAUAUUUAA